UUUAUCCGCAGUUCCAAACCUUCGUUUCUAAGCUCCAUCUUUUCUUCCUUCAUCACAAGCAGAGCGCGGUUUCCAUUUGCAUUAUAUCUCUAAACCCAAACAGAUCCAAAACCGCAACUCUUUUCUAUCUUUCUCUUUAAUGCCAGUUCAGAUCGCCUGACUCGGUCUCUAAGCACAGUUGAAUCGGCCACUAAACAACCGACUCAAGAGCUUCGAAUUCCAAUGGGAGCAGUGCCUUCAACGCCGCAACGCCCGCAAGACACGGCGGAGUACCUAAUUGGCUCAUUUGUCGGCGAAAAAUCUUUCCCUCUUGGUUCAGAUUUCUGGCAGAAACUUCUCGAACUCCCUCUCAAUCUCCGUUGGCCCACUGAUCGUGUCCAGGAAGCCUGCCAGCUCUUUGCACAAAACAACUGUUAUACUAGGCAUCUUGCGAAGAUUUUGAUUCACCUAGCACAAUGUUUGCAAAAUUCCAUUUCAACUUCUGGUGCACCAUCCCCAAUUUAUAUGAAGGCGGUUAAUGCAGUGUACAUUUCAUCUGUUUUCUUGAAGUACUUAAUUGAAAAUGUCCAGAACAACAACAGUGAGGACUUGUAUCUGUCAUUGGACGAAAGAGAACCAGUACCAGAGGGUUUCAUAAUAGAUCUAAACAUUGAGAAUGUUGUCAUGCUUAAUGUGCUUAGCUUUAUUGGUUCUGUAGAUGUAAGCACGAAAACAUACCUCCUACAUCAGGAGUUGCUUAACUUCAUGCUUGUUGCAAUGUCAACCCAACUUCUUUAUGGCCUAUCUCCAGGACUGACGGAUAUGAAUCCUUUUAUUGAUGCAGCAAUGGUUCAGGAAAGUUCUUUGGUGAGUUUGGUUGUUCGCAGACUGCUACUCAAUUAUAUAGUGCGACCUCGCAUCCCAUUGAACAGUACAUCUUAUCCUGUAUUUUCUGAAGGGAGUCAGCCUGGGGUUUUGCAGAGAGUUGGUUCUGCAGCUGCAACUUUUGUAUUCCUGCCAUUCAAUUAUUUGGCCAGUUCAAAUGGUGAAGCCAAAAGAAAUACAUUGGCAGACUGCAGUCUUCAUGUCUUGCUCAUACUUAAUUAUUAUCAUAAAUGCAUGGUGGGUGAUGUGUCUGUAACAGACAGAAGUGAUGACAGUGCUGCUUCAGAUGCCAAAGCAAAUACAUAUUUCUCUGACAAUCCUUACUGCAAAGCAUUAGAAAAUGCAAGGGAUAUUGAAUUUGAUCGUGUAGAUAUUGAAGGGAACACACACAAUGGGUCGCUUGUGCGAUUGCCAUUUGCAUCUCUAUUUGAUACUCUUGGCGCGUGUUUGGGUGAUGAAACUGCAGUCCUAUUACUUUACACAUUGGUGAUUGGAAACUCUGACUUUUUGGAGUAUGUUUUAGUGCGAACUGAUUUGGAUACAUUGCUGAUGCCCAUUCUAGAGACGCUAUACAAUGCUUCAAAGAGAACAUCUAAUCAUAUAUACAUCUUGUUGAUUAUACUUCUUAUACUGAGUCAAGAUUCUUCUUUUAACACAAGCAUUCACAAGAUGAUACUGCGUAGUGUUCCAUGGUAUCAAGAGCACCUUCUUCAUCAGACAUCUCUUGGUUCCCUAAUGGUCAUAAUUCUUACAAGGACUGUGAAGUAUAACCUAUCUAAGCUGAGGGAUCUCUAUCUCCAUACAACUUGUCUAGCGACUUUGGCAAACAUGGCUCCUCAGGUCCACCGUUUGAGUGCAUAUGCGUCACAAAGACUAGUUGGCCUUUUCUACAUGCUGUCUCGCAAGUACAACAAACUUGCAGAAAAGAUAGAUGAUAAGAUAGGAAAGAAUGGCUCAGUUCAAGAAGGCAGCCUUGCUGAAGAUAUGUCUGCUGAGUUGCAUAUUUACACUGACUUCCUGAGAAUUGUCCUUGAAAUAUUAAAUGCAAUCUUGACUUAUGCCCUGCCACGCAAUCCUGAGGUUGUUUAUGCUAUAAUGCACAGGCAGGAACUUUUUCAUCCAUUCAAGAAUCACCCACGCUUCAAUGAAUUGAUUGAAAAUAUUUACAUGGUUUUAGAUUUCUUUAAUAGUCGCAUGGAUGCACAUACAAAAGAUGGGGAAUGGUCCGUAGAGAAAGUCCUCCAGCUUGUAAUUAUUAAUUGUCGAUCAUGGCGAGGUGAAGGAAUGAAGAUGUUUACUCAAUUACAUUUCUCAUACGAACAAGAGAGUCAUCCAGAGGAGUUCUUCACUCCAUAUAUUUGGCGGCUGGCUUUGACCCACUGUGGAUUCAGCUUUAAUCCCGGUACCAUAAAUUUAUUUCCUGUUGACUUGUCAGGGGAAAAACUAAAUGAUUAUGGUGGGAAGUUUGACAAGCAUCAAAAUGGACAGCUGGAUCAGCAUGUGCAGCUUGACGUGUAGCGGGUGAAGUGCAACGUAUUCCGCCACAGAUAUGUUCAUAGUUGACUGUUUUGUAAAUACGUGGAUAAGUGUAUUCGUCCCAUUCUUUCCUGUUUAUAUGCUUGCAAAAUUGUGGAGUCUACCAAAAAAAGAAAAGAAAAAAAAAAAAGAUUUUACAUCACAAUGUAAUGAAUAUGAGUGGGAUUCCAGUUUA